AUGGAUACUUUAACAACAACCUCUGUUUCUUCAACUCUCAGAGUUCCAUCAAGAACCCUAGCUUCAUCUCGCGACUUUCUUCACCUCAAGAAUCCCACCGCUCAUCUCCCUCAUCGCUCCCCUCCUCGUACAUCCAACUCAAUCUCAAAACCUCCAAAUUUUCUCUCCACUCCUAAAACCCUUAAUCCCUCCAUCCCCUUUUCCACCCCCCGCCGUUCCUCUUCUCCACUCCUCCACCGACGCCCCGCCUCCGGUUACGCCGCUGCACUCGUCGACGCAUCUCAAUCUACCGGUACGAUUCACUCGGUGGCGAAGGAUGUCGGAAGAUUCUCGAAGCUGCUGAGAGGGAAGCGAAUCGGCAGGGUUUUGAAUGAUCCGUUGGUGGGAGAUGAGGAGAAAGGGCGACUGGUGAAGGAAAUUGCAGUGAAGGGAGGGUUUGAAAGGCAGGUGGUGAAGUUAACGAAGAUGCUGAUUGAGAAGUGCAACCUGAGGAUUUUAACGGAGGUGUUUAGUGAAUUCGAUAGGAUUUAUGAUGAGCUUUGUGGAACGGAAGUGGUGAUGGUUUCUUCGAACAAGAAGAUGGAGGAAGAAGAGUUGUUUGGGAUUGCGAAGAAUGCGCAGAGGCUGAGUGGGGCUGUGAAAGUGAAGGUCAGAAGCUUCGUUCAUGGGGGAUUAAUGGUGUAG